AUGGAGUUCUACGUGGACGAGAAGUGGAAGUUCUCCAAGAAGAGCCGGAACAACGGCAGCCGGCGCGUCCCGGGAGCCGGAGGAGCCGGCGGCGGGAACUCUCUGCUGAAGAGAUCGUCCAGCAUGAGGGACGUCCCGGCGAUCGGCCGGCGCGGGAGCGGUGCCGCCGGCGCCGCGGCGGCGGCGGCGGGCGGGUGCGCGCCGCAGCCGUCGUUCUCGAGCCGGUGCGCGGGCCUGGCGAAGGAGCAGCGGGCGCGCUUCUACAUCAUGCGCCGCUGCGUGACCAUGCUCGUCUGCUGGAAGGACUGCUCGUAG